CACGGAGGAGAGGGAUAACAGCCCGGUGUGUGUGGGGAGAGUGCAGCACAGAAAGCACGCUCCGCUCCCUCCUGCUCAGCAGAUCCUGGGAGAAAGGCACCUGCCCUGCUGCGGCAGACAAGCUGACGGAGAACCAUGAUGUGGCUGUUCUUCACCAUUGCUUGUUUGAUCUGCAGCACUGAAAAGUGCAAUGCAAGCCCCGAGGUGUUCAUGGAUGUUGGUGAAAUCGUUCGCUACCACGGGUACCCCUAUGAAGAGCAUGAAAUUGUGACAGAUGAUGGUUAUUACCUCACCAUACAGAGGAUUCCUCAUGGUAGAGACAACUCGGGGAGUUCAAGCACCUCCCAUGAUGCAGAGACACAAGGUUCCAGCAUGUUUUGUGUCUCUCCAAAGCCUGCAGUGCUCCUGCAGCAUGGCCUGGUGUUGGAGGGCAGUAACUGGGUUACUAACCUGCCCAACAGCAGCCUGGGCUUCAUCCUCGCAGAUGCUGGCUAUGAUGUCUGGAUAGGAAACAGCAGGGGGAACAGCUGGUCACGCAAACACAAAGAGUUUGAAUAUCACAACGAGAAAUACUCAGCUUACAGCUUUCAUGAAAUGGCCAUGUAUGACCUUCCAGCAACAAUCAACUACAUUUUGCGGAAAACUGGACAGGAGCAGUUAUACUAUGUGGCUUACUCUCAAGGCACCACCACAGGUUUCAUCGCAUUUUCUUCCAUUCCUGAGUUGGAUCGCAAAAUCAAGAUGUUUUUCGCAUUGGCUCCUAUCACCACGAGCUCAAACAUGAAGUCACCCUUGGUCAGAGUGUUUGACCUUCCUGAGAGUCUGGUUAAGUUCAUUUUAGGACACAUACUGGUCUUCGAUAAGGGCGAGAUUUUGCAGCAAGUGACUUCCCGUCUGUGCGGCUACACAUUCUUUAAAAGCUUUUGCUCUUUGGUCCUUUACUUGCCUGGUGGGUUUACCGACAGCUUAAAUGUGAGCCGCGUAGAUGUCUACUUGUCUCGCUACCCUGAUUCAACAUCCGUAAAAAACAUGUUACAUUGGCGCCAGCUCUAUCAAACAGGGGAAUUCAAAUCUUAUGAUUAUGGCAGCGACAAUGUGCUUCAUUAUAACCAGAGCACACCUCCUUUCUAUGAACUGGAAAAUAUGAAAGCACCACUUGCUGCAUGGUACGGUGGCAAGGACUGGAUUUCAGCCCCUGAAGAUGUAAAUAUAACACUGCCUCGUAUAACCAACAUGGUGUACAAGAAGUAUAUUCCCGAAUUUGUCCACUUUGAUUUCCUUUGGGGUAUGCAAGCAUAUGAACACGUAUACAAAGAAAUUCUUGAACUGAUGAAAAAGAAUGCCUAGAGUUGGAAAAGUGGCAGUAAUUGUUCAUUUCUCCUUUGUCUUUGGGGGCUUCUUUUAUUUGAAGAAAAAAAAAAUAAGGAAAAAAAGAGGGGGAAAAGGUUCAUUAAACUGCUGCACUUGUUGUGGGAUUAUCAUUACUCUGGCAAGUGAGGAAAAUAGGCCAAUCCCACGAUCAGAGAAUCACAUGGGAUUUAGGUUAAGUAGAUGGAGGUCCUCGCAGAAGUUAGGCAUGGACUUUCGACUCUGAGUCUCUCAGAUGCCUCACCCACAUGAGUUUCCAGCAGCAAGCAAUUUCUGUGGAGCUUGGCUCUUGGCUGCUGCUGUAGGCUCUGGCCUCCCUGUGGCUGGGUUCCCAGCUGCGAACAACAGGAUAGCAGCUCGGCUCUGUUGUGCAUGCUGGUGUUUCAAGAGUGCUCAGAUGGGACCACACAGUUCAUUGCUUUACAGUCGGAAGGAGCUAAAAACUUUCUGCUAGCAAUAAAAAGAGCUAGUACUGCUGAUUCAGGUGACACCAAACUUGAUAUACACAACAGGGUUUUCAAUAAACUGUACCGAGAAAGACCAUUUUGCACCAUUUCAUGUAAUAGUCCCAAGGUACAAACCCAGCAGGAAAAGUCACUUUUUGCUGAGUCUCAGAAAAUGUUUUGGUUUUCUUUAUGUGUGAGAGAGAAGAAGAGUCGGGAGUCUAACUCUGUUCUUAGCCUCUGGAUUACCCUUCAUAAUACAGUAUUGAUUAGGGGAGGAAUGGUGAAUUUGCCUGUUUGUGCAAUGAUAUUCUUAAAAUAUGUCUACAAGCAAGCAGGGCAAAGGAUAAGGCACUUUUCCCAUAAAGAUGUAUGAAAAAUAAUAAU